CAGGUUGAAGAUGUGGUCAUCGUUGAAGAUCUAACCAAGUGGCAAGAAUUGGUAAAUGAGCGUGAUGCUCUCCAGUGGAAGUUAGAUCACGCCGAUGUAAGGUUUUAUUUGUUCUUUUCUUUGUUUGUUUUGUUUUGUUUUUUUGCUUUCAGUCUAUUUUAUUAUUAUAGAGAAUCCCUGAUUUUUUUAUUUUUUUAUUUUAGCUUAAAGAUUAUUGCUUAAGUAAACAUCCAGAAAAAAAUAUUCUUCGUAUCAUUUUUAUCACCGAUUUUUUUUUUUUUUUUUUUUUUUUUUUUUUUUUGGGUUGACAAGAUAACCUGUGAAAGUAGACGUAUUUCCGGUCGUCGCUUCUCUGCAUCCGAGACUUGCCCGUAACUUUUGAGGUGAAGAGAAGCGACGACCGGAGAUACAUCUGCGUUAGUCGCAUGCAGGCUAGCCAGGACGCAAAAAUGACAUUUUUGCUUCUGAUUGACCGCUUAUUACCGUUGAUGAAUUUGCCAGGAAGGAUUUAUCCACUUGGUUACUUCUUGUUGUAGGCUGUACACGAACAAACAGGAGAAAAGCCAACACACAAGAAGUUUAUCUGUUGUGGAACAAAAUUUGACUCAAUCAGCCAGUAUGGAACAGAGCUUGAAGUAAGAACUUUCAAAAUUACAUUUCCUUCAUCUUAACAAAGUAAUAGAUAAUUGUCAGCUGAAUUGUGCUCAAUGAUCUGCUUUUUGGCGAUAAUACUCCGUUAUAGAAAAGCGCCUGCAAUGUACCGUAAUUUUGGCAAAAUUAUCGCGAAAACGCUGGAGAAAGGUGUCUUCGCGGGAAGUCAGUGGAAUCGCGUUCCUUUGAUUGGUUUUCUUUAUACUUCAGCAUUAACUACCGAGGGAUAGGGUCUUCAAAGUGUUUUAGAAACCCUUCAGCAUGAUCUCUAACUUAAAUAAUAAUAAUUGAUGUCGUCCCAUAUAAGGUAAUCCGAGACAUACUGAUUCCGGAUUUUUUUUUUUUUUUAAUGGUACUUGGAUUUUGGAUUCUAAUCGUUAGCGGGAUUCCCGAUUCCUUGAACUGAAUUCGGGAUUCCAAAGCCCAGGGCUGCUCUACCACUUUCGUCAGAUCAAUAAUCUGUGAUAUGUUUUCCCUUCACAGGCAGUACAAACAAAAUUAGACGAAGAGACGGAGAAGAAACACAACCUGUUUCCGUGCUGUUUUGUGGUUUUCCGUUCUCUUCGUGCAUCAACUCUUGCGCUUCAAAGUGAUUGGGAUAACUCUCCCCUAGAAGUCGAUGUUAUACCAGCUACUGAACUGGCCAGCGUGCUGUGGAACAACCUUCCUAUUGGCCUUGGCCUUUGGCAAAGGUGCUUUUAUUUAUACCUAGCAUAAGUUCUAUUCCCCUAUCUGGUACGUUAAGAAAGAAAGUAAAGUAGAACCUUCUCAUAAGCGACCAACCAUAAUGCGAACACAGAGCAGGCUUCUUUUUAACGAAACCUCAGAGUAGAACUCCUGACUUAGAGGUACAUUGAUCGCGGCCGCCAUCUUGAAAAUAAUUGAAAACUUAAGGGACCAGGGACCGUCAACGGAAACCUCUCCCUUGGAAUCAUUUUUUGACUCGCCUCAAGUCUCUGUAGGGUGGAUGGAUGGGACAAGAUUUAUAAUUUCAUCUUUUGCACUGCAAAAUACGCCUGCUUUGCAGACUAACGAGUUAGUGGUUUCUGGUUGUUAGUGGUUCUACGAGACUUGAACUGGAGGAGGUCUUUUACGAGGAAAAGUGCAGACACAUCUUUUUUGCGUGCACUUGGUGUUCUUUUGGACGGUGCCUGUAGCGUUUGCUUCAACGCUGGUCUCUUUACAAAACCUCACAAAAGUUGCUCCUUUUUCGAAACCAGGUGAGAUUUUACUGUUUUACCAACGCUUGAAUCCCAGGAUUACUCCCUAUAAUGGCGUAUAGGGGAAGGUUUCGCCCCGCCCGAAAGGGAUACCUUUUUGAGGCUUUAGGUGUAUAAUAAAAGGAUGAGGAUUUCAGUGGGAAAAGUAUAAGAAAGGGUAGCAAAAUCUGUCAUUUUGGUCUGUAAAAUGUCCUAAGGGGGAUAACAGACGCCAUUUUGUAGCUAUGAGUAAGAUAAGAAAACUUCCUGGUUUAGUGACUUUUGCAUAUUUAGAAGACCAUGCAUUCACAGCAGUUAAAAGAGAAGCAAAGUUCUGAAAAAGGUAUGUGAAAGGGGUAACAUUUGUCGAUAGAAGUUUAUAAAAAAGUGAUAUCUUUCCUAUCAAAAGAGGUAUAUAAAAGGGUAAGGGUUGAACCUCGGAGCUUUCUUGAGUUUUUCCCCGGGCUUGAAUUUCGUUUUAACUUUUGGUGUCCUCUCACCCCGGCUUUGCAUUUUCCAAUUUCACCGGCAGUUUUAGAACUUAACGCUUUUGUCAAGGGAGCAAUCGAGGGCUUUUUAUCCGGCUUGGCAUUGUUGGUUUUCUUCGCUAUUUUGCCUCUGGUAAGUUUUUACUUCAUCUGAUAGCGUCAAUUUUUCGUCAGUACUUUGAUAAAGGCACCGACGCAGCCUUUUUUUGUGUGUGUCGUUACGUGACGACUCAAAGAAUGGUUUCGUAGGAGACUAUAUAAUUUGACUGCUUUUUUCACAUAGCUCAAAAUCCCGCACAACUCAUUCCUUUGUUCCGCAGCUCGUUCAGGCGGGCUAUUCACAAACCAGAAUGACAUACAGUCUGGAACGAGUUCAUUUUAUCUCCAUAUAUUUCUCUGUUUGUGUUUACAUGAUACCGAAACCACAUUUCGUUCCCCAUACAAGUCAUUCUGGACUUCAAUCUGAAUGAAACCGUCGUUCUGGUACAAGAUUUCAUUCUGGUAUCAUGUAAACCGAGAUCGAACUUCCUUCCGGAUUGAUUGUGUUUCUGAUCUGGCGCAAAAACUGCGAGCAGGAACGCCUUUGACGGAGUCGUUCGAUUUUAUCAUGUGAAUGCGGUACAAACUUCACUCUGGAACAAAACUCAUUUCGGAAUGAAAGUCGCUCCGGGUAUCUUAUGUACACACCCUCAGUAAAAACAAAUUUACUCGACAAGGGAUUAUAGUUUCUACUCUAAAACAAAGUUUCAGUUGAAAAUUAACCAGGAAAAAUACGUAGACAAUGUUAUAAUGGUAAAAUAAUAUUAAUUUAUUUGGAACUAGUCGACUCCGGAGUCCAAUUCCGACUCUCUUUCGCGGAUCCAUAAAGCCUGAUGCUUUAUUAUUACCGGUAUUUGACAUACAGUACGUCUGGUCUGCCUGUGGUUAACCUGCGAGACGGCGCCUUUUUUUUUUCGUCUCCCAAACAAAAAGGAAGACGCGGAUCGCCUGUUCGCAGGUUAGCCUGUGGUGACAAAAGGAAAGUCAUUUUUUUUUCACGUAUUACUACUAAAAAAAUAACAUUUUCAUCCUGUGAUAGGUUCUGAGGCUUUUUAGCAAGCUUGAAGGAAUUCCUACGGAAAGUAGAGUAGACCAAUCCACGCUGGGAAAAUUGUUCAUUUUCAUGGUAAAUAACAUUUAUUUACAUUUAUUCAAUUAGUUGUUGUCAGUGAGUGGUCAAUGCUAAGUAUAAACCUUAACCACGGCAGCUACUACAAAAUUCGUUUCUAUAGCGCUAUACAUUAUAAUUUACUAUUUAAGACUUUCACACUAUGCCGUAGAAUACUAAUUCUGAGCAACAUUCGUUUUCUUUAUUCCGACCUUCAAAUUCGUCCCAUUGCUUCCUAAGCCCUUUUUUUUCUUCCCUGGGUCCUUUUUCAACAUUUUAGUGUUUUUUCCUUGCUGAAUCCCUCCCCUCACAGUCACUGUUUUUCAUUUGCUACAUCAUGUUAG